GCAGCUGCUGCCACGGAGAUGGAGGCUACAGCACUGCGGGAAUAACUGGGUCCACUACAGGAUUCAGUUUACUGACUUUUUCUCUCAAGGAGCGGCGUUAUCCGUGACGCUAAUAAUGUGCGGGAGGAGUUCAGUCUUGCAGCUGUCUCUGGGCUAAACCUGCCAACCUUGAAGCGGGAGGUCGGUUCGGACGGCCAGAACGCCUCGGUACCGCUUCUGCAGCAGCAAACCGGAUCUCACGUCCAACCUGGAGACUUUUUUUUUUUUUUUUUUUUUUUUUUGCUGCACUCACGAUGAUCUGAGCGUGACUUCUUGGCGCUGAGCAGAGACGAUCCUCCUCUCUCGCUCUUUCUCUCUCCCCCUUCCUUCCUUCCUUUCUUUCUCUCCCGCCUCCCCCUCCUCCCUUGCCUGCCUUUUCUUUCUCUCUUUUCUUUUCGCGGGUUCAGCACCGGCUGCCCAGUCACUGAGCCGCUGUUUUCCAGCGCCGGGGAAGCCGACAGCGAUGGGACGACUCGGUUUCAGCACCACGGAGAGCGCCCGACUUUUACCGCUCAGUGUGUUGGGUGUGCUGCUGGCGCUGUCCGUGGUGCUGGCGGAGCAGGAGGGGGAGAACCUGUCCGGUCUCUCCAACAACCCGGACAAAGCGAUCUUCGCGGUCCGGGAGAACAGCACGACAUGCCUGAUGGUGGAGUUCGCCGUGAAAUUCCUCGUGCCAUAUGACGUGCUCGCGCUCAACGGGAUAGACUUGAUCACCGAGCAGGCGUCCUUCACUCUGCCCCGGAAUGCAGAAAUCGAGGGGAAAUGUGGUAGCACCGAGUCAGAAAUCCACAUCUCCUGGAAGAACAACGCCUACACGCUCCGCAUCUACUUCUCUAAGGAGUUCCGUGACAAGGGCAUCGAAGUGUGGAAGAUUAGCAGGGUCCAGUUCGUCUACGACACCUCGGAGACAUCGCAUUUCAUCAACGCGUACAACCCUGGGAAGCACACAGCCAGCACCCAUCGCCUCUCGGCCCUGGUGACCCCCGCCGGCCACUCCUACUUGUGCACGGCCCAGCAGACCCUCACACUCAUCUCCAGCGACCACCAGAAGGGCGUCACCGUCUCCAUGUAUGACAUCCAGAUCCAGCCCUUCGACAUCGCCUCCGACUUCAUGUUCAGCGAACCCUACAAGUGCAUCACCGACCAGCGGGAGCGCCUGGAGGAGACCCUCCCCCUCGUCCUGGGCCUCAUUCUGGCCCUGAUAAUCGUCAUCACGCUCACCGUCUACCACUUCCACCUGAAGCUGACGGCCAGCCAGCCCCAGCUCCCCAGAGAUCGCUCCAUGUACAAGAACAUGUAGUCGGCGGCUGCGGCGGCUCCCUCAGCUCUCUCCAAAGCUAAAACCUGAUAACAGACUCGUGUCCUCGACGUUCCAGGCCUCUAACACCACAGAGGAUGGUGCCCCGGCGCUGGACUGAAUCCCUGAUCGACACGUGUGCAGCCUGUACAAGUUACUGCCCACUGGAACUUUUCUGAACAGCUAAAACACAAGUUAAAGGGACAGCUUGGGGCCUAGCAUGGAUGUAGUUGGAGGGUAAACCCACCAAAAUUUACCUUGUCGCCGAUUUGAAUCUUAACGCCAUAACUAGUCCACAUUUCAGAGCUUAGAGUUUCAAUGAAAAUACAAAAAAAAAUGCUGAUUUUUCCUUCAGAUUGGUGGCUGUUAGUCAUCUAAACAUCUUGAGUUGACCUGUUUUUUUCCCAUCACAUAACAGUAACUUCCUGAGCUUCUGGCUGCUGUCAUUUGCCAUCUUCUCCUCUUCUCUCUGAAACUGCUGCUAAAUAAUUUCAACACCCUUCGUCGGUUCUGUAUUUGCAAACCUCGCUAUACUUUUUGCCUUUUAUUUCCACCUUUUGAAUGCAACCAUAGUGACAGUGGACAGUCUUGUAGUGUGCAGUGCAGUGGCAUUCAGAGUCGCAAUGUUUUUGCUUUGACUUCGAAUCUUUUCUCCACGACGAUGUAUGGAACAUAUCAAAAGGAAGAAAGAAACGUGUGAAAAUCUGACAUAAAUUAGGUGAAGAAUUUAUCAGAACGUCAUGAGAGAGUGUUUAUGAAAAUGCAAGGAAGUUAAUAAAGAAUAAAAAAUAAAUAGAUGUGUAAGAUAUUUUCAGAAUCAAAGUCUAUGCAUAAACCUCUGCUGAUGCAAUCUUGUGCAGUAUUCUUGUUCUGUUUGAAAUAAAUUGCUGGGGUCAUCUCUA